AUGGAUGGAAACACGUCUAAGGCGAUGCACGCUGGAAUAGGCCUGAACUACUACAGAAACUUACCGCAGCGACAGGCGUUGGAUUCGGCUGCUGCAGCUUGUUGUUGCUCCAGACUUUUGGCACACCCGCUCCGUCCGCACCUGCAGGAGAGAAGCCGUCUGGAGCCGCCUGGAGCCGCGGGACCUGUGCCUGAUCCCGGUUUGAAGCUGAAACACCGCGAACAGCUCCGAGAGAAUUGA